AAUGAUUUAGUUGUUUAGAUUUUGUUCAGGAAAGAUUACAUCAUCAUUUCCAAAACUAUCCUUCAAAGUGAAAGAUUUCUCAAUUCUCAAAGCAGAAAAACCAACAGCUUUGAAAAUUGAUGAUAUAAAAACAUUAUUGAAGAUGCAUCAAUUAGGAGCCACAUGGAAACUAGUAUUCACUAUUAUUUAUUAUCAAUAGCAAGAUGAUAAUUCACUAUAUAAGGAAGUCAAGUUUUCUAAUUUCAAAGAAGCAUUCUCAUUUAUGACUUAGGUGGCCAUUUUCAGUGAAUAAAUCAAUCGUAAUAUAUUAUUUAAAGUAGAUCAUCCUGAGUGGGAGAAUCUAUUUAAUACAAUAAAGAUUAAACUAAUCACAGACGAUGUUAAUAAUCUAACAGUCAAGGAUAUAUUCUUAGCUUAUGCUAUAGUAAUGAAAUAUAUAAUAGAUAGGAUAAUAUUGCAAUGAAUGUUCAAGUCAAAUCAGCAGAAUCAACUAAUGAUACAAGAAUAUUAGAAAUUGCAAAAAUAGCAGAAGCAUGGAAUUUUAAUUUCGAUUAGUUUCAUCGUAUGAUUGAGACUGAUUCUAAAUAAAUAUGAAA